AUGCCGUCACUCCGUCAAUCAUGCCUGUCUAGAGCGAGCACCCUCCUCACUCGCACAUAUAACCAAGAAGAAGCAAAAGAACCAAGAAAACCCAAUCAGCCAGCUUACGAUCCUCCCCUACCAACCUCUAAUACUCGUUUCCACUCACAACCCAAAUACUAUCCCCCCAAUCAUCCAUUUUGGACACAGACCCAAUAUCGCGAUCAUGCCUCGCUCCAACUCCAACUCGCAUCCCAGUCGCUGCCAACUCCACACGGCUACUCCAGGGAGCUCUAUCGAAUCAGUAAUAGUACCGUACACUCGCUGACCCACCGCCGAUUGCACCUUCUCAUUGCCGCCUGAUUGCCGGUUAUUGCGGCGGUGGCGCGUCUGCAUUGCUCGACGAGGCAGGUGCAGGUUUUCGAGGUAGAGAUUGGGGAGUCGAGGUUUAGGUUGUACAGGUAAAGAGUGGGUUUGCAAGUGGGAGGAAGGGGUGGGGUAGUUUCGGGGUUAAAGGGCGGUGAUUAGGAGAUCGCGGGUGGUGAAGAAUGAUUCCGCUGCUUUCCCCUUGAGAAGCCAGCUAUACCAUCUGGCGGAUUGGGAAGGAGGAAGGGAGGGGAGAAGGGUACUGCGGUUGGAUCCGGGGGAAGUGGAACCUUGAGGAAGGUAAAUAUUCCCUGCACCCGGAUUUGUGUGUUGGUUCCUCCGAAGUGGGGGCCAUAUGGUACCUCGUGUGGGAAUUGCGGGGAGUCACUGGUGUAGUUGCAGUUUGCACUGUCGUCUCUAAGGGUUUUCGCAUCAGUUAUCUUGGCAAGGCAAUGGACGGACCGUCACAUUGUGAAUACUAACUUUGCAUGAUCGAGGUAUCGUACCGGAGAGACUCGAGUACGGGACAAAGACAUGGACCCUUUUAUGACAUUACCCCACUCCCAAACGUAUUGACAUUGGAAGAAUUCAUUUGAAAGCGCAUAUUAUACAUGGGAAAGCAAAUAAUGACGGUUGGAUAGGGAUAACUGGACUGAACUCUCCUUCGUAAAUCCCACACCGCUAGAGAUACUGGAGAUGUCUCAGAUUAUAGGGGCAAAUAUAUGAUGAUGAGAGAGAGACCUUUAGGAACCAGAUCCUAAGCCAAAUCACCCCCCCCCCCCGAGUGCUGACGUCCUCUCAUAUUCCCAGGUUAAGCAGAUGGUCAACCGAGAUAUUUCCCCUUCCUGUGUGUAUUAUGUCACACCUCCUUUCACAACAGAGUGAGGGAUUUGUGCAUAGCCCUCUAGCCGGUGAAAUCUUUGGCUUACAUGCUCAUGCAACUACCCGACGGUAACCCGCGCUCCAUUGAACCCUAGGCUCUGACUAUCUGAGAUAGACAUUGUACCCUGCAAUACCGGUACUCAGAUAGUGUCGGGAAUGCAACCCUUUCAAAAGACAAACACUACCUGGUUGGUAUCAUACUGAGACCGAUAUUCCUUAAAAAGGUUCUACUGUAACUGACAACCCAAUCUUUCAUGUAUACCGGUACGG